ACCAAUAAUUAGUACUUCUACAGUAGAAGGGACAAUCACCCUUCCCCUUUUUAGCACUUCACAAUCCGAAACCACUCCUGCAGACACCUCUACCAUAGCAAUAACCUUCACCUCUCCUCUAGAGACAACUUCUGCACCUCCAACUACAGCAAUGACUAGCAGCACUAGAAGCGAGGAGACAACCACGCUUCCUCUUCCGACAGCUUCAGAACCUGGGAGCACAGCUACAGCCACCUCAACUUUUCGGGAGACCUCCACAACUCCUGUAGAAACCACAACCCCAACAGAGAGGAUAACAAGAACUAGUACCACUGGAGCUGAAGUGACAACCACACUUUCCCUUCCUUCAACUUCACUACCAGAAAACACAACUGCAGGCACCUCAACUGCUCCAGAAACAACCACAGUUCUGCAAGAGACCACUUCCCCAGCUGAGAGUACACCAAUAAUUAGUACUUCUACAGUAGAAGGGACAAGCACCCUUCCCCUUCUUAGCACUUCACAAUCUGAAACCACUCCUGCAAACACCUCUACCAUAGCAAUAACCUCCAACUCUUCUCUAGAGACGACUUCUGCACCUCCAACUACAGCAAUGACUAGCAGCACUAGAAGCGAGGAGACAACCACGCUUCCUCUUCCGACAGCUUCAGAACCUGGGAGAACAGCUACAGCCACCUCAACUUUUCCGGAGACCUCCACAACUCCUGUAGAAACCACAACCCCAACAGAGAGGACAACAAGAACUAGUACCACUGGAGCUGAAGUGACAACCACACUUUCCCUUCCUUCAACUUCACUACCUGAAAGCACAACUGCAGGCACCUCAACUGCUCCAGAAACAACCACAGUUCUGCAAGAGACCACUUCCCCAGCUCAGACUACACCAAUAAUUAGUACUUCUACAGUAGAAGGGACAAGCACCCUUCCUCUUCUUAACACUUCAAAAUCUGAAACCACUCCUGCAGCCACCUCUACCAUAGGAAUAACCUCCACCUCUCCUCUAGAGACAACUUCUGCACCUGCAACUACAGCAAUGACUAGUAGCACUAGAAGUGAAGAGACAACCACGCUUCCCCUUCUUACAACUUCAGAACCUGAGAGCACAGCUACAGCCACCUCAACUUUUCCGGAGACCUCCACAACUCCUGUAGAAACCACAACCCCAACAGAGAGGACAACAAGAACUAGUACCACUGGAGCUGAAGUCACAACCACAAUUUCCCUCCCUACAACUUCACAAGCCGAAAGCACAACUGCAGCCACCGCAACUGCUCCAGAAACAACCACAGUUCUGCAAGACACCACUUCCCCAGCUGAGAGUACUCCAAUAAUUAGUACUUCUACAGUAGAAGGGACAAGCACCCUUCCCCUUCUUAGCACUUCACAACCUGAAACAACUCCUGCAGCCACCUCUACCACAGUAAUAACCUCCACCUCUUCUCUAGAAACAACUUCUGCACCUCAAACUACAGCAAUGACUAGCAGCACUAGAAGCGAGGAGACAACCACGCUUCCUCUUCCGACAGCUUCAGAACCUGGGAGCACAGCUACAGCCACCUCAAUGUUUCCAGAGACCUCCACAACUCCUGUAGAAACCACAACCCCAACAGAGAGCACAACAAUAACUAGUACCACUGGACCUGAAGUGACAACCAUGCUUUCCCUUCUUGCAAUUUCACAACCUGAAAGCACAACAGGAGCCACCUCAACUGCUCCAGAAACAACCACAGUUCUGCAAGAGACCACUUCCCCAGCUGAGACUACACCAAUAAUUAGUACUUCUACAGUAGAAGGGAGAAGCACCCUUCCCCUUCUUAGCACUUCACAACCUGAAACCAGUGCUGCAGCCACCUCUACCAUAGGAAUAACCUCCACCUCUCCUCUAGAGACAACUUCUGCACCUCCAACUACAGCAAUGACUAGUAGCACUAGAAGUGAAGAGACAACCACGCUUCCCCUUCUUACAACUUCAGAACCUGAGAGCACAGCUACAGCCACCUCAACUUUUCCGGAGACCUCCACAACUCCUGUAGAAACCACAACCCCAACAGAGAGGACAACAAGAACUAGUACCACUGGAGCUGAAGUGACAACCACGCUUUCCCUUCCUUCAACUUCACUACCAGAAAACACAACUGCAGGCACCUCAACUGCUCCAGAAACAACCACAGUUCUGCAAGAGACCACUUCCCCAGCUGAGAGUACACCAAUAAUUAGUACUUCUACAGUAGAAGGGACAAGCACCCUUCCCCUUCUUAGCACUUCACAACCUGAAACCACUCCUGCAGCCACCUCUACCAUAGGAAUAACCUCCACCUCUCCUCUAGAGAUGACAUCUGCACCUCAAACUACAGCAAUGACUAGCAGCACUAGAAACGACUUCUGCACCUGCAACUACAGCAAUGACUAG